UCGCUGCUGAUAGCGCCGGCACGAAAAACGCGGAAUAAGAAAACUCGCCAAAAGCGCUUUCGCGCAGUGUAUUACACAUUUGGUGCAUACUCGUAUAUGGUGGUAAUCUUAUAUUUGCAUAUAUCUCCAGUUCAUUUCAAACUCUCGUAGAGAGAGGACAUGUGUUUAUUAAAAAUGUGUACAAAUUUACGCGCGUAAUAGUGGUUUGGAGAAAAAAACUAAUACUUUAUAUCAUAAGUAAAUAAUUUCUGUGAUAUUGUGGUGGACUUUAAUAUAUUUGAUAGUAAUUUAAAUUAUAUAUAAAAAUGGAUAGCGAAAAAAGUGAUUCAGCGCCAUUCAUCAAAAAUGGAACGUCGGCGACCAUCACAAAGACUCCCGAGAAAACUGUCAAGACAGGCAAAGAGGGGAGAGGGGAAGCCUUACGACAGGUCCUGGCGGCAUUUGUUGCAAACUGGGGAACAGUUAACACUGGCAUGGCGUUUGGAUUUUCCGCAACUGCUCUACCUCAGUUGAAGAGUGCUGCAUCCAGUAUACACGUCACUGAUAGUGAAGCCAGUUGGAUUGCUAGUUUGAGCUCUGCUGGAACACCAAUUGGCUGCAUACUCAGCGGCUACCUCAUGGACAACAUCGGGAGAAGGCGAACACUCAUCCUCACAGAAGUGCCACUUAUUUUGGGAUGGAUCUUGAUUGCCUUUGCACAAAACGUUCCUAUGAUUUAUGUCGGUAGAUUGCUGGUCGGUCUUGGUUCAGGCAUGGUGGGCGCUCCCGCUAGAGUGUACACGUGUGAAGUCUCCCAGCCACAUCUCCGCGGCAUGCUGGGUGCCAUGGCGUCUGUUGGAGUUUCUACUGGUGUAUUGAUACAGUACGUGAUAGGCAGCGUCACUUCAUGGAACAUUCUAGCAGGAUUGAGUGCAACGGUACCAAUACUAUCUCUUCUGGGAAUGCUGUUUCUACCAGAAACACCCAACUACCUUCUGACUCAGGACAACGCGGUAAAGGCUGAAAAAGCUUUGGCGAAACUGAGGGGAUCAACUUGUGACUUGCAGGAUGAAAUACAGAAGAUGAUCUCUUUUAAAGAGAAGAAUCAUGUUGAGCCCUUGAAAUCGCCGAAGGAAAUAUUGAAAGCUCUGUUGUCACCAUCAACUUUGAAGCCAUUUGGAAUUCUUGCUGUGUACUUCUUCAUAUACCAAUGGUGUGGAGUUAAUACUAUCACGUUCUACGCUGUUGAAGUUUUUGAGGCCUCAGGAGCACAAUUAGACAAGUACUGGCUCACUAUAUCAAUGGGAGUGUUGCGAGUUAUCUUCACUGUGGUCGGAUGCAUUCUUUGCAGACGAUGCGGGAGACGGCCUUUGACCUUUGUUUCUGCCAUUGGUUGUGGCUCCACCAUGAUCACCCUGGCGGUGUACCUCUACUUCGUGCAAUACUGGAAGGACAACAACCUGCCGCCGCAGCAGUCCUGGAUACCAGUGGCCAGUCUGUACCUCUUCACGAUAUUCUGUACCCUGGGCUACUUGAUCGUCCCUUGGAUCAUGAUUGGAGAAGUUUAUCCUACGCAGGUGCGUGGUGUAGUGGGCGGCAUGACGACUUGUGCGGCUCACCUGUCCAUCUUCUCCGUGGUGAAGACCUUCCCUUACAUCAAGUACGGCAUCCACGACUACGGCACCUUCGGCUUGUAUGGCGUUAUAUCUCUCGCAGGGUUGGUGUUCUUCUACAUAUUCCUCCCAGAGACUAAAGGGAGAACUCUACAAGAGAUCGAAGAUUACUUCUGCGGUAGAACGAAAACUUUAAAGAAAGUGAAAACGCCACCAACCGAAACUGCGUGAAAAGCAAGCAUUUUGAAUAUAGUGAAAUACUCGUAUGUAACUUGUUAAUCAUAGUAGGUAUAAGUCGCUAAUAAAGAGGGUAUGAGCUAGAUAUACCAAAUUAAAGAGCCGCCCAAAGUAUGUAAAAAACGGACAGCUGCGAAUCGGUCUCGCCUACCGGGUUCCGUAUAAAAUCGAAAACUAAAUCAUAAAAAUAAUUAAAAAUAUGUAUAGGCGUGUGCCAAUGAAGCCCUUUCAUAAAUGAUAGUCUAUAUACGGUUUACUUACAAUUCACAUGACCGCCUUGCAUGAAGACUCUAGUUUUUUGUGAUUUUAAUACAAAUGUAUAGUUUUUAUAUGUUUCUGUAUACUUGUAGUAGGUAUAAAUCAAUAUAACCCGGUCCCGAGCUACACACAUUCAUUUUUAACUGAUGGAGUUUUAUUUAAUCGAAAUUUCAAUCAAAAUCAUUGGAAAAAACUAUACAGUUAAAACUGACGAGUUAUGAGUUUUUCAUAGUUCUAUCGAUAGUGUUCGAGUUACGGAACCCUCAAAAUGAGCCCAAUUAUAAUUACGAAUUUCAAAUCACAUUUUAUAAAAAAACAUGAUAGAUUAAAAUCGUCCGAAACCUUCUACGCGGGUUCAACUCGCACUUCGUCCCGUUUUACAAACGACUGCAAAGGUUAGGUGCUAUGUAUGUUUAUUACUACUAGGCAAAAAAUUAUUUUUGCUUGCUGAUUUCACUGAGCAAAAUACACUUUUACUAGUGAGAUGAAAAUAGUAUUAUUUGUAAAUAAUAAUGUCACGUUUUUAUGCAUUUGUAAAAAUCUACUCGAGAAGUGCUAAUAUAAAUUCUGUUCAUGCUUGAAAUAGAUGAACCUUUUUAUUAAAAAAAAAAAUACAUUUGUAAUAUAUAAUUAAUUAUUUUUCUGUGAAAAUAUUUUUAAUAUUUAUUUUUGCUAAAUCGAGUUUUAUAGAUCGUAAGAGAGUAAAAGAGUAUUAUCUAUAUUUGUAAUAUUUUUAUCCGACUACGAAAGGUUAUAUUAUGAUUUUGUAUAUAUAUUAUAAUUAUAGUUGCAAUUUGUAUAAAGGUAUUAAGUAAUGAUAUUUUAUACUAUUAGAUAUGUUACGUGCCAUAAAAUCACCGCAAAAAGUGAUCCAAAUUUUACUUCACACAGUAUAUAAUGUAAGUAAACACAAUUUCGUGUUUACUUACAUUAUAUAUUUAUGUAUAAGUAGGUAUAUAGUUUUAGGAAAGCUCAGUGUUAGUCGACCCUCCACUAGGUGGACCGAGGACAUCAAGCGGGUUGCAGGGAACCGCCUGGAUGCUCGCGACUUGAGACCGUUUUGUUUGGAAGUCCAUGCAAGAGGCCUAUCUAUGUUCAGCAGUGGACGGCUGAUAUGAUGUUGAUGAUGAUGUAUAUGAUGAUGAUUAUGAUGAUGAUGAUGAUAAUGAUAUAGUUCUUACACUUAAACACACAACUCGAUAUUGACAAUAUGUAGGUACUCGUAUUAUUUCUUUGAAUAACUUUCGUUGCUUAUGCGACUGAAUGAAAUGAAGACAAUUAGCCACCUUUGUUCGCCUCAGUUUCGUCGCGCUAGUGACAUAUCUAAUAGUAUAAAUCUUUGGGUAAUAGGUAUAUUAUAAUACUUAUAGGUAAAGAGAGUAUAAUUGGUGCCAUUUGAAAUAAUCAAGAAUAAUUUAUUUUUAGAUAAUUUUAUCUUUAGUGAAAAUGGCAGCUAAGCUUAUUAUGUUAAUUAAAUAGUUUGUGAACAAAGUAGCGGUAAUUGUAUUUAUAUAAUUUGAUAUAAUAUUGAGACUUAGAAAUGCUUUAUUUGCAAAUGUACAGUGCCUUCAAUGUAGUUGUUUUAAAUAAUAAAAGCAAUA